AUGUUCAAAUUCUUCGCCAUUUGCUUGUUCGCCGUCCUUGCCUGUGCCAUGGCUAAGCCCGCCAUUGUUGCCGCUCCCUUGGCUUACUCUGCUCCUUAUGUUGCUGCUCCCUAUACCGCUGCCUAUGCUGCCCCAUACACAGCUGCCUACACCGCUCCCUAUGCUGCUGCUGCCUACUCUGCCUACCCAUAUGCCUCAGCUUAUAGCGCUUAUCCUUAUGCUACCGCUUUCCUUCGUUAA